UCAUCCCUAAAAAAACUCUCUCACAAACUCGCCUGCUCCUCUCCCCACGAUCUCCUCGCCGCCGCCACCACCCACCCACGAUCUCCCCCAAGCUCCCACCUUCCUCCGCUCUAAUCCCCAUGGAAGCCACCGCCGCCGCCUCCCUCGCGCGGACCCUUGCCUCUUGCUGCUCCCCUGCGGAUCCUGCCGUAGCCGCGUGCGCGUGGCCGUGGCGCCGGAGCGGCGGAGGAGGGGUAGGGCAGUGCUCGCCGCGGCUGCCACCUUCCUCCAAGACUGGCCGCCUCGUGCUGCGGCGGAUGGCAGUGGCGCAGCGAGUCUCCCACCUCACCACCACCGCUGCUUGCCGUCCGUCCCUCCUUCCGUCUAUGGCGACGGCGACCUCCGGCGUCAGCAGGCUCAGCGCAGCGGCGGGCAACAACGACGGCGACGUCGGCCUCCAAGACCCCAUCCCGGCCUCUGUUGGAAUAUGUAGGUUCAGUGAGUUUGGAACCGAUGGAGGACAACAACAAAGUCUCUGAAGCCGAAGUUCAACCUCUUUGUUAAGCAGGUGUCCGCCAGCAUUGGGAUGGCAGAGCCACACAUUGAUGGCAAUGGAUAAAAUCUACUCUGGAUAGUUGACAGAGGGAGUACAUGCUAAGUUGACUUUUUUCCUGCGGAUUUGCUUAUCGUGAAGAUGCUUGCAAGGACGCAGAGGGAGCGGAUCAUUUGAAGAGAUAGGAUGCCACUGUUUGGUGUUUUUAUGCAUUUUGUUUUGCUUGUAACUGUGUUUGCACUAGCUGGGAGUAAGUGACUU